UCUCCGCGCCGCGCGCCUCCUCCGGCCACCGCCACCGCGCUCGCCGCCCGCCCGCCCGUCCCGCCGCAUCAGCCCGAGGCGCCCGGAUCGGGCUUGCCCGCCCCAGCCCGGGGCCCCGCCGCCGCCGCGCGGCCCCCGCCCGCCACCAUGGGGCUCCUGCCCAAGCCCGGCGCGCCCCAGGGCAGCAACGCCUCUUCGGGCCGAGCCAGCAGCUGUCCCCGCUCCGUCUUCGGCAACAUUAAGGCGUUCGUGCUCUGCCAAGGCCUCCUGCAGCUCUGCCAGCUCCUGUACAGCUCCUACUUCAAGAGCAGCCUCACCACCAUCGAGAAGCGCUUCGGCCUCUCCAGUUCCUCCUCGGGCCUCAUUUCCAGCCUGAACGAGAUCAGCAAUGCCAUCCUCAUCAUCUUUGUCAGCUACUUUGGCAGCAGGGUGCACCGUCCCCGGCUGAUCGGCAUCGGGGGUCUGCUGCUGGCUGCGGGAGCCUUCAUCCUCACCCUCCCACACUUCCUCUCGGAGCCCUACCAGUACACCUUGGCCAGUGUCGGGAACAGCAGCGUCUUGCAGGCGGAACUCUGUCAGAAGCACGGGCGGGACCUGCCCCACAGCAAGUGCCACAGCGCCACCCAGAACCCCCGGAAGGAGACCGGCAGCAUGUGGGGCCUGAUGGUGGUCGCCCAGCUGCUGGCUGGCAUCGGGACAGUGCCCAUUCAGCCGUUUGGGAUCUCCUACGUGGACGACUUCUCAGAGCCCAACAACUCACCCCUGUACAUCUCUAUCUUAUUCGCCAUCUCUGUAUUUGGACCGGCUUUCGGGUACCUGCUGGGCUCUGUCAUGCUGCAGAUCUUUGUGGACUACGGCAGGACGAACGCAGCUGCAGUUAACCUGAGCCCAGGUGACCCCCGCUGGAUUGGAGCCUGGUGGCUUGGCCUUCUCAUUUCUUCAGGCCUCUUGGUUCUCACCUCUUUCCCCUUUUUUUUCUUUCCUCGGACAAUGCCCAGAGGCGUAGAGAGGUCUCCUGCUGAAGCGGAUGAAGCAAUGUCGAUGGAGGGCGACAGCUCGAGAGGCUCCCUGGUGGAUUUCAUUAAACGGUUUCCCCGCAUCUUCCUGAGGCUCCUGAUGAACCCUCUCUUCAUGCUGGUGGUGCUGGCCCAGUGCACCUUCUCCUCCGUCAUCGCCGGCCUCUCCACAUUCCUCAACAAGUUCCUGGAGAAGCAGUACGGCACCUCGGCGGCCUACGCCAACUUCCUCAUCGGUGCUGUGAACCUCCCCGCUGCAGCCCUGGGGAUGCUGUUUGGAGGAAUCCUCAUGAAGCGCUUUGUCUUCUCUCUACAAACCAUCCCCCGAGUAGCUACCACCAUCAUCAUCAUCUCCAUGAUCCUCUGUACCCCUCUCUUCUUCAUGGGAUGCUCUACCCCGACCGUGGCCGAGGUCUACCCACCCAGCACAUCAAGUUCUAUACAUCACCAGCCUCCUGCGUGCCGCAGGGACUGCUCGUGCCCAGAUUCUAUCUUCCACCCAGUCUGCGGGGACAAUGGGGUAGAGUACCUCUCCCCUUGCCAUGCCGGCUGCAGCGACAUCAACAUGAGCUCCGUGCCCUCCAGGCAACUGACCUAUUUGAACUGCAGCUGUGUGAGUGGGGGAUCCGCCUCAGCAAAGACGGGCUCGUGCCCCGUGCCCUGUGCCCACUUCCUGCUCCCGACCACCUUCCUCAUCUCCUUCGUCUCCCUGAUUGCCUGCAUCUCCCACAACCCGCUCUACAUGAUGGUGCUGCGUGUAGUGAACCAGGAAGAAAAGUCAUUUGCCAUCGGGGUGCAGUUCUUGCUGAUGCGCUUGUUGGCCUGGCUGCCGGCUCCAGCGCUCUACGGCCUCACCAUCGACUACUCCUGCAUCCGGUGGAACUCGCAGUGCUCUGGGCAGCGAGGGGCCUGUGCCUACUACGACACGGACGCCUUCCGGGACAGGUACCUGGGCCUGCAGAUGGGCUACAAGGCCCUGGGCAUGCUGCUGCUUGUCUUCAUCAGCUGGAGGGUGAAGAAGAACAAGGAGUACGAUGUACAGGAGAAGGCCGCAGGCCUCAUCUGACCUGAGCCUGGGCCAUGCCCUGCUCCAGGGAACGGACCCUGCCUCCUCCACACCUGCCUGUGUUCACCAAUGUUAGCGUAUCAUUUCCUUUUUAUUUUUUAAAUAAGAAAGAAAACCCCAGUCACCAUUUAUUUGCCUUCCCUGCCUUCUCCUCCCGAAGUCCCUCUUGUGGCUCCCGGCUGGGCCAUAGCUGGGGGCCUGGCCUUCCCCCGUGCCCAGGCUCUCCUCAGUGAUGGGUUCUCCAACGAGCAUGCCCACUGAGGUGCCUCUGCCCCUCACCAUCGCUGUGGGGGAGUCCUAAGUGGACAGAGAAACUGGGUAUCUGCCCUCCUUUCCAGGCAGCCCAGGUCUCUCUCUGACUGUCCACACCCACAGAGAAGUGGGCGAGAGGAAGGGAGUGCUGAGUUAUCAACAGCUAGAGCCGCUCUGGGAGUGGGAGCCUGGCUACAGCCCCCUUUGCACCUGGGUUUGGCAUCAGCGUGGACCGUGGGAGGGGCUGGCUCCCAUCCCCCUCAGCUCCUGCCCGUAGAGGCCCCUAGAGGCCAUUUAGGAAGCUGCCAGGUUGGGAAGUGUGGUCUAUCUCCAUCACCUACGUGCAGGGACUAAAGACUAACCUUGAGGAUGGGUCAUCCAAACGCUGUUCACGUGAACCUUGGAUCUGCACAUGUCUAUCUCUGUCUUUCUGGGGCCACGUUUCAAGAAAGUCACAGCAUGGUAAAGACCCCCAGAAGGGCCUGCAAAAAUGGUCCUGAUGCCCAGCCUCCCAGACCCACAGAGCGGGCCAAGACCCCCUCAUCUCAGAGUAAUGGGAAGACCCUCCCCACGUUUCCCUGGGAGCCGAUGAGCGGGCUUCAGUGGACAUCCCUGCCUGGACUUCAGCCUGUACCCCUAGGAGUAAAGAGAGGCCAUCUGAGAUGUCAGCAAAGCAAGUGAGGAAGCAGAGUGGAUGUCAACUGUCACCUAGCAGAUGACAAUCUGCAGCCCAUAAAACAGAGGCCAGUGAGGUUGACCUUCCUGAUUUCAAACACGCUUGUACUCAACCAUUUUCUCAGCCUCUUCUCACGGCCCCAGACAAGUGGGCACCUGGGUUGAGAGAUAUCGCUGCUAUGUGACAGAGGUUGAGAGACAGAAGUCAACAAAGGAGGCCUUUCAUCAACAAAUACGAUAUUUAUUGCAGACGACUUUGUGCAAGGCAGUGCCAGCACUAGUACGUGGUUCUCCACUGAGCUUCUCUUACUUCUUACCUCACCUCCCUCCAUUUCCACCGGGCCUCCUCCCGGAGAGGGCUUGGAGGACAGUGUGGGAUGGGGGUGGGGGUGGGGACAGGCACAGCAAAAACCCAGAGACUGUCAAGAAGGAUCCUGACCUGACCAUCCACGCUGUCCCUGGCCCCACCAGGCUGACUCUGUACCUGGCCCUUUGCCAGACAGACACCUAGCUCACCAUGUCCUCUGGAGCAGCUGGGCAUUGGUCAUUGCCAUACGUGACCCUCGACUGCCACUCCUAUUGGAAGACCUCCUCCAGAGCACACUAGAAGCCACCUCUGGAAAGGCCACGUAUGGUGAUCAGCCAAAAAAUGUAUUUCAGUGGCCAAACUGCUGUGAGACUGAAAUCUUUGUGGAAACCACUGUUACAGGCAGCCUCAUUUCCAAAGAUCUCACUCAGGAAAGGAGGCUCCAUGCAACCUCAGGGGCCAGUUUCAGCAUUUGCAACAGUUCUGCUUGGAAAAUGAUUCCCUGCAACUAAUGCUGGUCUUUCUCGCUGCGAUUUAACCAAAUUCUGAAGGCACUGCCUUCAACUGAGUUCACAAACAAUGAAUGCCAACCUUCAGAUUCUAGAAGAUUGGUUGCUUUCUCAAACCUUUAUUCUAUUAUGAUAUUGCUAUUAAUAUAUUAUAAUUUUGCUAUUGAUA